UUGCAGAUCGAGUGAAAAUGAUUCGAGGCCGACGUCAACAUCUGCAGCAGAGCGCCAAGAGCGUUGUGUGGGAAUCCGUUAAGACCAUUUGGCGAACUCACGUGGGCAUCAUUUCUUCAGUUCUAACCUACCUCAUCAGUCACUUGACAAAUUCAUACAUCAACUUUUGAUCAAGCGAUUCUUGUGCACUUUUGCCGGCGAGCCUAGGCUAGAUCACAGGCUAUUGGCGUGACAUAGAGGAGAAUUCCCACAAUAGCCGACGGGCUGAGCCAGACUGAAAUUGAGGUCCUCACGCUCGGUUUUCCAACAUGUCUCUCACGAAACACAUAGACCCCGAAAAUGUUCCAAAUUAUGAAGAUAUGGAGAAGCAGUUCGCUGUUAAAGCUGUUCAGCAAAUGACCGUCUACUGGUCGCUUCUCGAAAAGAUACCAGGUUCAAAGCUUCGACUCACCAGGUUGGACGACGAGAUACUGGAGCAUUUCAAACGUGAAUUUCCAGAUUUUGAUCCUGCCGACGAGAUCAACGAAGAUCAAAUGAAGAGCAAGGAGGGGAAGGAAAAAUGGCGUAACUUUGCCAUGGCGUAUGAAAAGGGCGACAACAAGAUCGAAGACUACAAUUUUGGCACUAUGUUGAGAAAGAGUCCUAGAACCGAGUAUGGGGAGAAGGAAACCAUGUUUGCCGUUCGAAUGCAAUUCUACGCGGUCGAGAUUGCUCGAAAUCGAGCUGGUCUCAACGACUGGGUCUACGAACAUGCUCAGGACGAGGCUGCCCAAAAGGGCAACAAGAAAUCCUAAGGGAAUGUGAAGGCGACACUCAACAGAAUUUCGGAUGACAGAUCUCGCAAUUACCCUGGGCCUUUGGAACUGGGCCAGACCAGAUUUUUCGGAAAGAUGGAUAUGCAUGAUGAAAGGCAUGCAGCCAGUCAGGGGAGAAAGAACAUAGGGAAUCUCUCUGGGUCAAACUACCGCCCGAUGCUUCAUCAAUGCUUGCAGCAUGUGGUGAGGUCCCCAC